AUGAUUGCAGAGAGUCGCAUGGUUGAUAUAGCAAUAUGGUGGUGCUUUACUGCAUUUCUGCUGUCCCGCAUGGGGCUCAUAGAGACGAGGAUGGAAGAGGUUGAUCCAAAAUACAAGAGCUUGGAGCCUCACACGCCAUCAACUGAGAUUCCCAAGCCGGAGCCAUCUAACGUCGAGCUGAAGUUGGGCAAAUGUUUCCACAUGUCCCGCGAACACUGUCCCACUGAUGGACAGAAGUGCACUCGAGUGGACGCUGUCAGCGUGUUUUGUUGCGACAUCGAUAAUAACUUCAGAUUGAAGGAGGCCUUGACAAUGACCAUGACACAAAAGACAACAAACCUGCACGUGUUGAAUGCGACACUGGAUGAACUUGACGUAUCCCAGUCGGUCUUCAGACGACUCACCUCCAUGGCUCUUACCGAUGGGAACAUCGGCAAAAUUAUUGCCGUGGAUUAUGAGGCGGAGUUAAAAAGAUAUAAUGGCAGUCAGUUCCCCAAAUACUCUUCGAUCGCAUGUUUAAAUAUCUCCAACAAUAACUUGAGUAGUGCGACACUCUCACCCACCAUACAAAGGCCCUUCGCGUAUCUCUUCACACUAACUCUCUUGGAUGCUUCAGCGAACAACCUGACAGAGUUUCCGUUGAGUUUGGUGCAAAGUAAUCGGAAAAUAUCAGUUGAUUUAUCUGGUAACAACUACCUUCCCUGCAAACAUUUUCUUAAAGCGAUGGAGACGAAUAACAACAGUUCGCAUGUGACGUUUCUAAACUAUAACAAUACGUGCUGCGCCUUGGACCUGAGCUUUAAUUGGUUUAAGGAUGUCAAAAUAGUGCAGAUUGAUUACUUGCGUGUUCAAAAGGCGUUAAACGUGAGCUGCAGAAACAUAAAGCCCGCGAACGCAAAUUGUACUUGUAUCGGGGACCGGUUGGAGGUAGACGGGGAUGGGGAGGUAACUAACUCAGUAGCAGUGGACUGCUCCAUGAGGGACUUGAGGGAGAUGCCCACUAACCUGCCACAAUACACCGUCAAGCUGAAUGUCUCUCAUAAUCAUAUAACGUCUCUCCAAGCAGUCUCGGACGACCAGACGUACGAGCACCUGCGCUACCUGAUCGUGGACCACAACGACAUUGACAGCUUCGUGGGGCUGGAGGGCACCAAGUUCAUCGACAACUUCAUGUCUUUCUCCAUCACUAAUAAUAAACUUAAAACGAUCCAGUCAUACGUGAUGUCUAAUAGGUUCGUGACGAAAGGUCCGUCCUUUUCCAUCGGAGGGAAUUACAUACACUGUGACUGCAAUACUGAGAAGGUUUUGAAGCCAUGGCUGUUAGAAAAUUCUAAAAACAUCCCCGAUUACAAGAGCUUGGCGUGCGAGGACAACAUGGGGCCGGUCGUGGAUCUUAAGGAAGUGGAGGUUUGUCACACCCCGAGGGACUGGACGGACUAUAUCUACUACAUAAUUGGACUAGAAGUGUUGGUACUAGUGCUCCUAGUUAGCAAAGUGUCAUACGACUACUGGGUGUUUAAAACGGCGGGCUAUCUGCCUUGGCCGGCCAAUAAAAUGCCUAGACUCCCCUGUGAUUGGUUGUGUGAG